UAUUAAUUUCAUACCCGGAACGAACGAGUUUUGGCAGACUUUUUAUCGUCAGGCAGUAGAAGGGGCGUCUCUUUUGGGGUAUUUCUGUAAGAAACAGGAAGAGAAAGAUGACGGUUCAUAACCUGUACAUUUUUGAUCGUAACGGAAGCUGUUUGCACUAUGGGGAGUGGAACCGCAAGAAACAGGCCGGCAUCUCCAAGGAAGAGGAGUUUAAGCUGAUGUAUGGGAUGCUGUUCUCCAUUAGAUCCUUCUGCAGCAAGAUGUCUCCCCUGGAUAUGAAGGAUGGUUUCUUGACCUUUCAGACCAGCAAGUAUAAACUGCACUACUAUGAGACAGCUACUGGCAUCAAGAUCAUAAUGAACACAGACCUGGGAGUUCCCAACGCUAAAGAUAUACUGCACCAGAUAUACAGCACGCUGUAUGUAGAGUACAUAGUGAAGAAUCCUUUGUGUGUUCUGGGGGAGCAGCUGUCCUCUGACCUCUUCUCUACUAGACUGGACCUCUACAUCCGAGCCCUGCCCUUCUUCAGCCCCGCGCUGCAUAACACACACACACAGUGAGGAGACAAACAUGUACGCAUCGCACACACACACACACACACACACACACACACACACACACAGAGGAGACAAACAUGCACGCAUCGCACACACACACUGCACGCAAACCAAACGCGCACACAUUUGGGGGUGGGGUUGUCUGGGGUUGUGAGGGGUGUAAUCAUGUAUUUAUUUGUUAGUAACAGAAUGUUGGUUGUUGCCUCGUGUAUUAAAUAGAACCAUCUCAGUAAACCUGAACAA